GGGGCGCCACCGCCGCCGCGGGCAGCCUGAGCCGGGGCCGCGGGCGCUGUCCCGCCGACGCCGCCCCGGCCCGCGGCCGUCCCCAACACGGAGGUCCCGGCGCCCGAGCGAGGAGGGGCGGAGGCGGGCGGCGGCGGCGGCGGGGAAAAUGAAGCUCCUGAAGCCGACCUGGGUCAACCACAACGCCAAGCCGAUAUUUUCAGUUGACAUUCAUCCAGAUGGGACCAAGUUUGCAACCGGAGGGCAAGGACAGGAUUCCGGAAAGGUUGUGAUAUGGAACAUGGCUCCUGUUGUGAAGGAGGAGGAUGAAAAGAACGAAAAUGUGCCCAAGAUGCUUUGUCAGAUGGACAAUCAUUUAGCGUGCGUGAACUGUGUGCGAUGGUCAAACAACGGCAUGUAUCUUGCCUCUGGGGGUGACGACAAGCUGAUCAUGGUGUGGAAGAGAGCAGCGUACAUUGGACCCAGCACGGUGUUUGGUUCCAGUAGUAAACUCGCUAAUGUAGAACAGUGGAGGUGUGUCUCAAUUCUAAGAAGCCAUUCAGGCGAUGUCAUGGAUGUGGCAUGGUCCCCACACGAUGCUUGGCUGGCCUCCUGCAGUGUGGAUAACACUGUUGUGAUCUGGAAUGCUCUCAAAUUCCCAGAAAUUCUUGCCACUCUGAAAGGUCACUCUGGCCUGGUUAAGGGGCUGACGUGGGACCCAGUUGGGAAAUACAUUGCAUCACAAGCCGAUGACCGAAGCUUGAAGGUGUGGCGAACUAUGGACUGGCAGCUAGAAACCAGCAUUACCAAACCCUUUGACGAAUGCGGAGGCACAACGCACGUCUUGCGCAUCAGCUGGUCCCCUGAUGGGCACUACCUGGUCUCAGCUCAUGCAAUGAAUAAUUCUGGGCCCACAGCCCAGAUCAUCGAGAGGGACGGAUGGAAAACCAACAUGGAUUUUGUCGGCCACCGCAAAGCAGUGACGGUUGUGAAAUUCAAUCCAAAAAUCUUCAAAAAGAAGCAAAAAAAUGGGAGUUCCACCAAGCCAAGCUGCCCUUACUGCUGUUGUGCGGUUGGCAGCAAAGAUCGCUCUCUUUCCGUCUGGCUGACAUGUCUGAAAAGGCCUUUGGUUGUCAUACAUGAGCUGUUUGACAAGUCCAUCAUGGAUAUCUCAUGGACGUUGAAUGGGCUUGGCAUCUUAGUGUGUUCCAUGGAUGGGUCGGUGGCAUUUUUGGAUUUUUCCCAAGACGAGCUGGGCGAUCCACUGAGCGAGGAAGAGAAGAGCAACAUCCAUCAGUCCACUUACGGUAAAAGUUUGGCUAUAAUGACGGAGGCACAUCUCUCUACGGCUAUUAUUGAGAAUCCAGAGAUGCUUAAGUAUCAGCAAAGACAACAGCAAGUGGAAAAAAAGAACGAAGCCAUCAGAGAUGCAGCUGGUUCAGGAGUAACAGCUCCUAAAGUGGCCAGCAUGGUGAACGGAGAAAGCUUAGAGGACAUUAGAAAGAACCUGUUGAAGAAACAAGUGGAGACUCGGACAGCCGAUGGUCGGCGAAGGAUCACACCCCUCUGCAUAGCUCAGUUGGAUACAGGGGAUUUUUCUACAGCCCUUUUUAACAGCAUCCCGCUCUCUGGAUCCUUAGCCGGGUCCAUGAUGUCAGCUUCCCAGACGAACCAGCUCGUAGUGUUAGAUUACAAUGCAGCCAACUCCCUCAGCACUGCUAAGCCUGCCUUAGAGCCAGUGGCAGCUGCCACUAAAUCAGCUGAAGAUGCAGCCAACAAGGAUGGUGUGAACGCUACCUCUGCUUCAGCUGCCCUCCCCACGUCUUCGUCCUCAGUGCUGCCCACCUCUUCUAAGAUUGAGCCAAUGAAGGCGUUUGAUUCUCGGUUUACAGAGCGAUCGAAAGCCACCUCAGGGACUUCUCCCGUCUCGCACGCCAAUCAGGUUACCUUGGACAGACUGAAGGAGCAGAACUCAGUUCGGGAAAGUAAACCCAGGGAUCUUCUGGAAAGCAGCAGCGACAGCGAAGAAAAGAUCGCCAUUAAGCCCAUGUCGCUAUCCAAGCGGAAGCUGGAACUUGAAGUUGAAAAGAAGAAGAAAGGGCGGCCUCGGAAAGACUCCCGGCUCAUGCCUGUCACUUUAACCGUUCAGUCUCCAGCUAUCCUGGCAUCUGAGAAGGACGGUGCUUGCCACAGCGCACCGUUAGCACUUAAACUGCCAAGCCCAGUCCUACAGAAAUCGUUUGCGUUGCAAGUGAGCUCUGACCCUUCCAUGUAUAUCGAGGUGGAAAACGAGAUCACGACAGUGGGAGGGUCCAAGCUCAGCAGACUGAAGUGCAACCGGGAAGGGAAAGAGUGGGAAACGGUGCUCACCAGCCGGAUUCUCUCUGCAGCGGGAAGUUGCGAGGUGGUGAGCGUGGCCUGCGAAAGGCGGACCCUGUCUGUGUUUUCGGCUUGCGGGCGUCGGCUCCUCCCUCCCAUCGUUCUGCAUUCCCCCAUCUCCACUUUGCACUGCACGGGGUUUUACAUCAUGGCUCUCACGACCGCUGCAACGCUCUCGGUCUGGAAUGUGCGGAAGCAGUUGGUGGUGGUGAAGGAUGAGUCCCUGCAAACCAUCUUAACAGGAAGUGAAACCACCGUCUCUCAAAUCCUGCUGACUCAGCAUGGCAUCCCCGUGAUGAAUAUGUCUGAUGGAAAAGCAUAUUGCUUCAAUCCUUCUUUGUCUUCCUGGAACCUUGUCUCUGACAAGCAGGAAACUUUGGCACAGUGUGCAGAUUUUAGGAGCAGUCUACCAUCCCAGGAGGCCAUGCUGUGUUCAGGACCUUUAGCCAUCAUACAAGGAAGAAUGUCUAACUCUGGGCGACAGGCUGCCAAGUUGUUCUCCAUGCCUCAUUUGGUGCAGCAAGAAACCACAACGGCGUACCUGGAGAAUCAGGUGGCUGCGGCCCUGGCCUUACAAUCAAGUCAUGAAUAUCGUCAUUGGCUCCUUAUCUACGCACGGUAUCUGGUGAAGGAAGGGUUUGAAUAUCGAUUGAGGGAAUUAUGCAAGGAUUUGUUAGGACCUGUCCACUCUUCAUCCGGAAGUCAGUGGGAAUCGACUGUCGUGGGCUUACGGAAGCGUGACCUGCUCAAGGAACUGCUACCCGUCAUCGGGCAGAACCUUCGUUUCCAGCGGCUUUUCACCGAAUACCAAGAGCAGCUGGACAUCUUGAAAGACAAGUAGCGCCUUCUCAGAUGUUUCGCCAGCCUACGUGAGAGCAGGAAAGCUUUAAGGCAGAAGGAGAGGGUCCGUUGUCGGAAGUGAACACUCCCAGGAAACGCGGGGCAAGAGGCAGGCCUGGGGCCUUUUAACAAGCAAAACAUUGUCGUUCUGAAAGAAGAUUGCAAGAGGGAAGUGUGAAAAUACGGGGAUGAAUGGAGGUGUUUUUUCGGUUCCCUCCUGGAAUUUGAGCAUUACAGCUUGAUGGCUGCCAUGGAAAGAGAAUGGCCUUCAAAAGGGACCGUUGGACUCCAGAUCUGAUAUAAGAGAUAUCAAAGAGACACUGUUUGUGAGCCUUUUGAAUAUCCUUUGAAAAGCACAUUACAAGAAGCUAAACUGAAUGUCAUACAAGCCCUUGCUUCAGGGUUCUUCACCGAGGAUUUAUGGAGGCUCCUGUAUUUGGGUUAUAAAGCAGGAGCCGCAUAAAAGAGAAAAAUCGUAAAAUUCCUAAAGAAUUAUGCAGCCAACAAACUCUUUAAUUGCGAAUAACAAUAAGAAAUUACAGGCUGUUCGAUCACAAUGGACUAUUUUUAUACUAGAAUUUGCUAACUUGUAAUAUGAGAAUUUUAUUUGGCCGAUAACCAAUAAUUCCCCCCUCCCCUGAGUCCUCUUGUUGUAUGAAACGUAACUUCAUUAAUUAUGACAGCUACGUUGCUGAACAAUUGUACCAAAAUAAAUGUCCUCUUUUUUUUUUUAACUAUUUGUAAAAGGUAUUGGCAAAACGGGGAGGGAUAGCUGAAACCGGAAGGGAUUUUGGGGUGGGGUGGGGCCUUUUUUGUAAGUACAAUUAAUAAAUGAACAUUGCAUUGAUCUAAGAACAAACAUGAGUGUUCUUGUGCUGCUUGUGGUAGCAUUAAAUUGUACAGGCCUCCGCCUGUGAAAACA